AAAUAUCAAACAGUUGAAUCCGUAUUGUAGCUGUUUGACAGCGUAAUACCGGGCCACGCGACGUUGCCAUCUCGCGCUUUUACUUUUAGGAGGGAACUCCAAACAAGAACAACAAAUAUGCUCGCAAUGGAAUCGAACUGCAAUGGCGUGGGGCAGGAAUUGAAUCUUGUUAUUUGAGACAGAAAGUCCAAUCCUGAGAGCAGGACUGAGGAAACAAUGCUAAAGGAGAGGGAAAGUUCGGAGGGAUCACCGGGCGUGCCAGACGAGUGCGCAGGCUGUGGGGGGAGGAUACAAGAUAGGUAUUAUCUCCUAGCUGUGGAUCGGCAGUGGCACGGCCCUUGUCUCCGAUGCUGCGAAUGUCGACUGCCGCUUGAUACAGAACUGACUUGCUUUUCCAGAGAUGGGAACAUCUAUUGCAAGGAAGACUACUACAGAUUGUUCUGUGUCAAACGCUGCGCACGAUGCGGUAACGGCAUCACUGCUAAUGAGCUGGUGAUGAGAGCUCGCGACAUGGUUUACCAUCUGACCUGCUUUACGUGCGUAGCCUGCCAUACCCUACUAUCCAAGGGUGAUGUCUUCGGAAUGAGGGACGGUCUCGUCUACUGCCGACCGCAUUAUGAUACAGCAUGCAUGGAUGAUUACUGUGAUGAAGAUGUCAAUAAUGUUUACAGGUGUCAAGAUAUGCCUAGUGAGGGUGAUUCUCCUUCUCAGUUCUACUCCGGUGGCCCCAGCUCUAAAGGUCGACCGAGGAAGAGGAAACUAGCCCAAGGAUCCCCUGAGGAUAUGCAGGUCCAGACAAUGAGGAUUGCAAGCACCGCCUUAGAGAUACUUCAUCGUGGAGAUUUAUCUUCAUCAAUGGAGUCGCUGGCAUAUGAUUCGUCGGUUGCAUCACCAGGUAGCGUGUCCAGUCACACACAGAGGACCAAGCGUAUGCGGACCAGCUUCAAACAUCACCAACUUAGGACCAUGAAGUCAUAUUUUGCUAUCAAUCAGAACCCAGAUGCAAAAGAUUUGAAACAGUUGGCACAUAAAACUGGGCUGUCCAAGAGAGUGUUGCAGGUUUGGUUUCAAAAUGCUCGAGCGAAAUGGCGCAGAAACAUUAUGCGACAAGAGUCAAACGGCAACCCAGGGCACUCGGCAAAUGGGUCCAUACUGCCAGGUACAGUGCCCAAUGUGGUAUCAGGUACGAUGCUGAUGGAGCCGCAUCAAUCUAUUGAAGACAUGAGGGUCCACACACCACUCCCCCAUCCAAUGGCGUUUAGUGAAUUGUACUGACAUACAAAUGGCGGAGAAAUACUAAGUCUCCAAUAAUUCAUCAUGCUGAUGACUUUUCAUGAUAUCGCCACUAUUAUAGUCACGAUAUUUUCUAUUAUAACUCUGAUUUCGUACUUUUCAAUAUAAUUAUUUGUGAAAUUAGCUUUAAGAGAAAUAAUUUGCAGUUAUUGUAUUAUUUAUAUCUGAACAUUACUUUUCUAAAAAAAUGUAAUAAAUUAAAUUUCUAGACAAUGUUCUAUAACAGGACUCAGCAUUAUAACAUUAAUAUUGAAAUGUAGGUUUUCUUGAGUGUUGACUAUUUUCUUGAUAUGGAAUCACAGAAGCGUAAUUAAUUAUAUUUAAUUUAAUAAAAUUACGUUUGCUAAAAUUAUAUAAUUAUUAUGUCUGAUAGACAAUAUGAAAAAAGGAACCGAUUUUGAGCAUUCCAUGUAUAGUUAAGUGUUUUGUAUAUAAAGUGAUACUAGUCCUUUUAAACUUAUUAAUCUACCCACUAUAAUUUUAUCAAUUUAUAUAUAUGGCCUAAAUAUGCA